AUGGAGCCAUCGUCGUCCAGGAAGGAGAAGGUGGCGACCGAGCUCGAUAUCGAACUGCCUCGUAAAGUGGCGGAGAUCGAGAGCAUCCUGGGGCUACACUUUCGCAACAAAUCACUCCUUGUGGAGGUGAUUACCCAUGGUUCCUACGCUGACCAUCCAUCCUACCAGCGCAUCGACUUCGUCGUUGUCCUUGGCCUUGCGAUUUCUAACUACCUGUACGAAAGGUACCUCACCACCCUCCGCCACGCCAACGUUUCCAAUGAGAAGCUCUUCCGCGCGGCGGUCCACCUCGGUCUUUACAGUUUCCUCCGCUUCUCCCCAAUUGAUGUGAUGGAAACUUAA